AUGGCCUCCCUCAACGUCGAAUUCGUCGAUGCCACCACCAACGCCCGCUACACUAGCUCUGUCGCCACUCGUGCUCGGCGCAAGUCAAAACGCUCCAAAAAAGGCGGCAAGGCUGGUAAUCCCGGGGUUUUCAGUGCGGGUCGGCUGGCGUUUUUCGCAGAACACCAGCCCGAGUUCAACAAGCUCAAGAAAACGGCCCGUACCCCGCAGAACAAUUUCUGGGCCAAGCUCUUCAAGCUGUACUGGGUGCAGUUCCCGUGGACGGUGCCUCUCAAGGAUGAUGACGUGUCAGCCUGGCCGUUGCCCGACGAAAAGGAGUUUAGUCCCGAGGAGCGCAAAGCCAAGGGUAAGGUCAUCGACGACGUGAAGAAGACCGUCAAACGGCACAUGCGCUACGUACGCGACCGCCUGCAAGACAUGGAGAACCCUUGGACGGAAGUACUCGCAGAGCUCGUCAACCGCGAAGAACCUCCCCCGCCACCUCGCCAGCUGGCUCCCUGGCAGCUGUACAUGUCCAAGAAGAAACCGGAGAUCGACGCCGAGCUCGAAGAACGAAGGGCCGCCGAAGAUACCCCGCGCGAACGCGUCCUCGCCCUGCGGUCGCUCAUCGCGCGCGAACUCCUCGCGGAGGAGACUGAAGAGUACCGCGCCGCCCUCCAAACUGAGUGCGAGGAGAUACGCGAUGCGGACGUCGCGAUGGAGCAGCAGGAGCCGGUCAGGACUCGGCCAACGGAGGCUGCGCAGACACAAGACAAGCUUGCAGCGGUGGUGCAGCCGCUGCUGCAGCUCAUCCGAGAGCACACCGGGAUGUACGUCACGCUUUUGGCGGGUGCCCCGCUCCCCGGCGGGAACCAGCUGAAGAUCGUGAGUGCUGGCAAAUCCGGCGGCCCCUCUCCUAUGCCGUGGCACUUGCACGAUCCAGGGCGGUUUAAGAAGGACGUCAUGGGCGCGUUUACGGCGUUCCUUGCACGCACUCCGGAGGGUCUUGCUCGAGCGAGCGGUCAAGCUACGAUGGACGGCACCCCCAUUCCUGGCACAACAACGUCGCUUCUCUUCUCCGCCAACGCGACACCCGGAGCCUCUACCGCCGACGCCGCGCCCGCCGUCAACACCUCGACUGUCCCCAUCACCGCACCCGCCGCCAUGGGUACUUCCAAGCGACAGCGCCGGGCCUCCUCUCCGAAACGCGCCGCCAAGCGGCAAAAGUCGUCCAAGGGCAAGUCGCGGUCGCGUCGCAAAGCUCGCGAUGCAAGCGACGAGGAGUCGGAGGCGUCGUCCUCCGAGUCUGAGGAAGAGACGGAGACCUCGGAGUCGGACGAGGAUGAGGAUGAGGGCGCGAGUGUGGGUGGCCAGGAGGAACCUGUUGAAGGAGCAGGCCAGGGGGGUGAGGAAGAAGACGGGUGGGUGGAUGAGGAGGAUGGGGAGGUUCCGGAGCACAUCGCUGUCCCAUCCGCCGACGAUCUCGACCUGAACGACGCAGUCCGACGUCAGUUGGACAUGAGGAGCCCCCGCAGCAGGCGCAUGGAGCUCUACGGCCUCUCGCAGUACGAGGAGUUCGACCGCAUGACACUUGGCAACCGAGUUCGCGCGGCGGAGAUCAUUCUUUCGGCGACAACCACAUCGCCCUUCAUACCGCUCUGUCUCAACCCGUUGGCCGCCCUCGACAAGGCCAAACAAGGUGGCAAGAAGAAGAAGAAUGGCAAAAAAACGGGUGGCCAUGAAGGUACCUCCGGUCCCGCGGGGCCUGUGCGACAAUCUGGUCGCCUCGCUGCUCGAGGCGUCGGCGCCGCGUCUUCCUCUGCUGCCGCGGCAGGGGGCACACCCGUCGAGCAGCUGGAAACCCCGCAGCUAUCGCCACUGACUGUCCUGGCCGGCCAACUGCCCGCAACGCCGCCGGAGCCCUCUGCGUUCGCCUCCUCGACACCCCCAUCGCCCAUGCAGUCCGCGCCGACGCCCGCGCAGUCCGCGCCGACUCCCGCGCAGUCCGCGUCGACGCCCGCGCAGUCCGCGUCGACGCCCGCGCAGUCCGCGUCGACACCAACACCGACUCCCGCGCAGUCCGC